UUCCAUGCAAGCACUUAAAAAUGCACAUGCUACUUCUGCCACUUGUAAGGAUUCAGGUUCUCAAAUUACAGACAGUCCUCAUCCCCACAUUUAAAGUGGGUGUCUUUUCUUCUCUGGUCCAGAGUCUUCUUAAGAGCAAGCAAAAGCCCCAGAGUAGAUAAAAUUUCCAGUAGGGGCUUCAGUUGUACCAUAUGCAAACAUCUGCUCAGUACUUGAGCUCUGGUGUCAGCAGGGAGAAUCCAUGCUCCUCUCUGCUGGUUGCCUGUUAUGCUGAUUCAGUGUGUCUCAUUUCUGACAGGAGUCACUUUCAGAGAAUACAGAACUCUAUGAAGUGCUCUCUCUGUGUUUCAGAGCUCCUUAACUGAAAGCAUUCAUGCAGCAGUGAUGUAGCAUUUAUCACUGUACAGAGUAACCACUGCUGCCUAAUCCAAGUUUCCACCUAACUGGUCCUUCUGAGACCCCAGCUGGCCAAGCAGCUUCCACUGGUGGUUCCCUAGGAUUCAGGAGCUUGUGGAACAAGUUAAAGGAAUACCAGGCACAAAUGGCUUUGACUGAAAGGGUCUGUAUGAUUGUUUUCUUGAAAGAAAGCAUAAAGUAGCUGAAACCUGUUCAAGAAAGAAGAAUUUAGGUCAAAAAACACACAAGGUAAGCACUUUUAUAGCUUUGGCUAAUAUCCUAAACUUAAGCUAUUUGAAAGGGGUUUGUUUCUGAGUGGCAUGAAGAAUGAAGAGUAAUAUGGCUAAAAUGGAUUUCCCUUACAAAAGUGAUAUGAAAGGUGAAUAUUUCAUUCAUUUUCAAUCAAGUCGUCAUGCUGUCAUUAGAAAUCUCAGAGGUUCAGCCUUGUGGAAGGAUUUAAAGGCAGCACUUCAACAAUAAUCGGAUUAGAAGGACUUGCAUAGCUCCAUGGUCUAAAAAAGAGAUAAAAGAAACCAGAGUUCAAACUUGCCACAAAGCAAGGCAGUGAGCUGUGUGGUGCAGAAUCAAGCCACGACUCUGAGCCUGUGGUUUUGACAAUCACCUGAAGCAGGGAUGCCUGCAGAUUUCAAUGGGUACUGGAAAAUGGUCAGCAAUGACAAUUUUGAGGAGUAUCUGAAAGCACUGGAUGUAAAUGUUGCUGUAAGAAAAAUAGCAAACUUGCUAAAGCCUGACAAAGAAAUCCUUCAGAACGGGGAUCAUAUGAUCAUUAAAACGCUAAGCACUUUUAGAAACUACAUCAUGGAAUUUGAUGUAGGGAAGGAGUUUGAGGAGGAUUUAUCUGGGGUGGACGAUCGCAAGUGCAUGACCACUGUGUCUUGGGAUGGAGAUAAGCUGCUUUGUGUACAGAAUGGAGAGAAGGAAGGCCGUGGUUGGACCCAGUGGAUUGAAGGAGAUGAAAUGCACCUGGAAAUAAGAGUGUGUGGAGUCACAUGUAAGCAGGUCUUUAAGAAGGUGCAGUGAGCCCACUGCUGCUACAGGGGUGAAGAACAAUAGAAUUUACAGACUUGACACCAACUCUCCAAAUGCUAGUGCUGAGCAUCCCCAGCAACAAGAGCAAACACAGAAAUGAAGAUCACAUUAGAACUGUAUAGUUGGAAUAAAAUAUUUUUAGGAAAUUGAAAAAAAAAAAAUACUGCAAAUAAAAUUAUUUUUAGAAAUGCCAAUUAAAGAUGCUAAACUCUCUAAA